AUGUUAGAACAGGGCGCAUAUAGUGAUGUAGAUGCAUGUCUGAUGGUCCAUCCCAUGCCAAUUGCAUCUGGUUUCCUGGCAAUUGAUGAGGUACGUGUAACCUUUAUCGGUAAGCCUGCCCAUGCGGCAGCGGCUCCCUGGGAGGUCCAUGGAAUCAUUGUCAGUGGAGGAGACCGGGCUAACAUCAUCCCGAUGUCCGCCAUGGAAUAUGCCAUGCGCUCUCCUACAUCUGAAAGCCUGAAUGUCCUCAAAAGGAAGCUCACAUACUGCUUGGAGGCUGCUGCGACAGCAACUGGCUGUGAACUAGAGCUUACAUGGGGAGUUGGCUAUGCGGACUUGAAGCACAACCCGACCAUUUGUAGAAGCUAUGUCAGUGCUCUGAAAGCGAUGGCACAUCAUGCAGUUUUCGACGGUUCGUAUAUCGAGGGAGUCUUGAAUGGCGGCUCCACCGACAUGGGGAAUGUUUCUCAUGCCGUGCCUGGCUUCCAUGCUAUGUUCGCUAUUCCAACUGAGGGAGUGAAUCAUACACCUCAGUUCACUGCAGGUGCUGGGUCGGCAGAGGCAUUUAAACGGAGCCUUGCAUGUGCGGCAGGAAUGGCUGUCACCGCUUGUCAAAUCUUGGUCGACGAUACUUUUGCCGCCCAGGUCAGGAGCGACUUCGACUCGGGUUGGUGUCUUUCACGCUUCGAUCCAUUUUCUCUUGAUUCGCAUGCCAAGUUGUACGAUCUAGAGGAAUAUGGGGCGUUUUGA